AUGCCGCCAUUCGCAGCGAUCUUCGCCCUCGCGGCCAACAUGAACGGCCGCUACUCGGUCAGCAGCGGCGGCCGGCAUGACGUGCCAUUCAACGACGAUUACGCUUCGCGCGGCCUGGAGUACUUUGAUGUCUGGUCGCCUGAGAUUGCGACGCACUACGCGGAGGUAUUCUGGACGGACAUGGGCACGCACCCCAUCCCGCCCGAGAUUGUCCGCCGCUUCGCCAAUAAGACGAUGGCCAUCGUCGGGUACGAGAUGGACCAGAUGGAGCGCGUCUCAGUCGACCCGAACGACGUGUCGUCGCACGGGGCGGCGACGCGCAUGGUCGCGCGGCACCGUGCCGGCGCCGCCGCCUCUCCCGACGGCGCCCCCUCCUCGCAGUGGUUCUCCGAGGGCAACGGCGGCGAGUCGCGCAAGAGCUUCCACGGCUACCCGGCCGGGUUCGCGCAGCUGGUCCACUCGCCGAGGGCGUGGCACACGACGCCGAUGCAGAUCGACAUCCGGAACCGCGACUGCGGCGCCACCCCGGACGACGUGGCCCGCUGCUCCGGCCCGCACGGCUUCACGCCCGGCCCAGAGCCGCGCCAGGCGAGGCACGGCCUUGCUGCGAGGUACGGCCUGGCUGUGGCCGGCCUCGUGCCGGGCGGCCCAAAGGGGGGGGUGCCGGGCGCCACAAACUACUCUGGGCUGCUCGAGUGCCCCUGCAACGGCCGGUACGGAGGCGACCCCGCCUUUUACCCAGACGGAGGAAAGGGCGGCAGCCGCACGCGCGCGCACGUCCUCUCUGCGGAGGCGUGCUUCGGCGCCGUCGCCCAGCUCGGCGUCAACGCGACCUCCAUCCGCAACGAGACGGUGCACUCCUCGUCGCUGCCUCGCGGCUGCUCGGUCUCGCGAGACGCGCGCGGCGCCUCGUCCGCCACCUUCAACACGGCGCACUCGGCGGUCUCGUGCGAGGCGGGCGCGAGGCGGGUGGGGCAGGUGACCUCCCUCGUCGGGGUCACGCUCGGCAUCGCCCUCGACGCCGCCUCGGACGCCGCCACGCUCACUCUCUCCGGCCCGGCGGGCGGCUGGUUCGGCGCGGGGCUCCACGCGCUGGUGAUGGCCGACCAGCCAUACACGAUCGUGGUGGCGGGGGAGGAGGUCUUUGAGCAGAAGCUGGGCACGUGCGGCGAGGAGGCGCAGCACUGCGCGGGCACGCGCCUCGCCGCCUCCGUCACCGUCCUCUCCGACUCGGUCUCUGGCGGCGUGCGUACGGUGGAGAUGUCGCGGCCUCUCAAGGGGCGGACGGACGACCACUACUCCUUCUCGCUCGCCGCAAACACGACGCUCAACCUGAUCACGGCGGUCGGCUACUCGCACGCCUUUGGACACCACAAGGCGCACCACCACGCCACGCUCACCCUGACCGACGCGGCCGGGGCGCCGACCUGCGUCUGCGACCAAGGCGGCCGGGGCGACCUCUGCCACGACGGAGGCACGGGCUGCGCGCACUUUGUCAAGGAGUGCGCCCCGCCGCGGCACGACGCGGCCGGGGCGCACUACCCUUUCGGCGAUUUGCUCGAGCAGCGCAACCCGACCUGCAGCUCGAUGUCGUACGCGGGGGGGCUGCGCUGCUGUGGCCACGGCCGCAUCAUGCUCGACGCGGACCAGCCAGUCCGGCCGGAGCUCCUCCGUUACCACCACAAGUACCGCUUCUGGUUCGAAGAGUACCUGCCCGCGCCGCGCGCGCACGCCGCGGUCCAGGCCCCCGCUGCGCCGUCUGGCGGCGGCGCGUCCCACCUCAACCUCGAGCGCAUCUACUACAUGACCGAGGCGAGCGCGGGGGAGUACGACGUGCCUCCCGCCUUCGCCACGCCGUCCGUGCCGCUGCCGGGCUACCCGAGCUGGCCUCUCGGCGUCCCGACGCCCGGCACGAGCUGCACCGGCAGCUGCCCCACGCCGGAGCAGCCGAGCCGGUUCGGCGCCGACUGCGAGUGCGUGCACACGAUCACGUACCACUGGAGCAUCGACAACAAGAGCCUCAUCUACGCGGGCGGCCACUGCCAUGCGCCCUCGUGCCUCGACAUCUCCCUCUACCGCAACGACACGGGCACGCCGCAGCUGCUCUGCCGACAGGCGACCAAGGAGAGGGGUCUCGACCCGGCGCCGUGGCUCGGGCCCAAGACGCCAAUGGUGUCGGUCAAGCGAAACCGGAACACGCGCCUCGGACACUUUGGCGAGAUGGCGAGCUGGGCAAAAUGCGGGCGGUACCCCUUUCCCGCGGAACGGCGGGGAGGUUUGGCCAACCGCAAGGCCACGGGUAGGGGGCGCGCUUCUUAG